AUGAAGGCACUGUUCUCUACUAUGAUUAUGCUUAUUUCACUUUCCUAUGUUAAUUCAAGAAAUAAGCAUCUACAGUCAACACUAGCUGCAAUCCCAGAAACCUAGAUUAUCCAUACAAAUGGUAAAACCCCACUUGUUGAGGGAUUUGGAUGGGUCUCAGAUUAUACCUUGUUUAACUUCGGUAUUGGCUUUAAGUUUGCACUUGAUGCUUUCAUUGGUUACGAGUUUCCUGUUUCAUACCUUAAUAAUGCUGGAAACCACGCACUCUUUGAGCCUAAGCUCUACGUUGAGGGUUCCACUCAUAAUUCUAUAGAACUGUUCUUCGGAAUAUUCUCUUUCAGAUUUAACUUUGACUUUAUUGGCAUCAGGUACAAUUUCCUCGAAGUUGCCUAUCUUUGGAGCAUUGAUGACUAUACUUAAUAUUGCUACGGUCUAGACUGGUCAACUUCCGCUCUCAAAUUCCACGCUAAAGUAGAAGAGUUUACCAAUGAAUGCAGCUUUGGAGCCCUCGGAUUCCUAAUCGACAGAAUCCCUGAGUGCAGAUCAAGGAGAUAUACUCCCAAAAAUGAUGUUUAUAGUUAUUCAGUUCUAGACACCAUUGAUAAGGAUGGAAGUUAUUUACCAUAUACAUGUAAUUGA